UGCCACUUUAACACCAAGGCUUAUUUUUUGCAAUUGUAUGCGCCAUCUGUGCGGUGAAUAAGAAAACAUGCAGAGUCGCGCUAAAGUGCACCGCCCUGGUGAACAGGUUUGAAAAUGCGUUCAUGCAACACCGGAAACCACGUUUGUUUUCCCCAAUGUAAAUAAGACCGUGUGAAAACAAGCCCUAGCGGAACUCCAGAUAGAGAAACUGUUUCAGGGUAAGACCAGCUUCCUGUCGUUAAUAGCUUGUCAUGCUACCAUAUGGAGAAAAUGGAGCAGCGACUAGCAGAGUUCCGUGCCCGUAAAAAAGCUGAAGCUACAAACAACAGAUACAAACAAAACGAACAAACGCCAACUGUGUCAUCGGAGAAACAAGCCGUAUCCGAGUCGACCACAAACGAAAAGACUGAGGAGAAGCAGUUGCCCCCAACGGUGAACACAUCCAGUGUCCCUGCCACGACAGCAGGGCAUUCUCGUCUGGACCUCGACUGGUGGAUGGAAAGCGCUCUCGGACGGUGGUUAGGUGUUGAACGUUUAGCUAUUACCAACCUCACUGUCCUCAAGGUGCUGUUAUGGUUGGUACUCCUUGGACUUUUCUCAGAACUUGACUUCGGACUGCCCUUUUUCCUGAUUUCUCUUUUCUACUGGCUUUACGAGGGUUUGCGAGCCCCCACGGAGCGCAGACAGGGAGAACUCAGCGCCUACUCGGUGUUUAACCCGGACUGUCAGCCCCUCCUUGGUGCUCUGACUGCAGAGCAGUUGGAAGGUGAGAUGGGCUACAGACCAUUGGCCAACAGAUGAAGUUACAGCCCAUGCACAGAGAAGAGACUGCUUUCUGCAGCUUUAACUUGACAGGGCAAAACAGAAAUGGGCUCCGCACACUAAUAAGCAUUUUUGUAUCUCAAGUCUCUUUGGAUAAUGUUUGGAUAGGCAAUUGCAAACAACCUUUCCUUAAAGUUGUCUGUAUCGCACUUUAAAAAAAAAAAUUAUAAUAAUUGGAGAUCUGGUCCAAUAUGGAUCAAGUAUUUUUGGUAUGAAAUGCUGUAUUUUGUUUUGUAUAAAAUGCUGUAAUCACACUCUUGAGGCAAAUGCAGCUGUAUGCCUUCUGCAGCUGUGGCUGAUUUAGUGGCCCUAAUGUAAGGCUAACUCAGUUGGAAUAUGCCAGUGUUCUGCUUGAUCUAAUAUUGCCUCUACUUACCUUAAAGUGUAGGGCUAGUGUGCAAUUCUACAUUUCUUUUUAAUAUUGGGUCAGCAAAUGAAGGGCUGUCUGUUGUGAUACGACCUCUUCGAUAUAUGUGCAUUUGUGACACAACUGCUACUAAUUAAAAUCCGGCUGUCAAA